AAAAAGUAAAGCCCUAACUCUUUCAUCCGUGCUCCCCGCCCUCUCCUCCUCCGUUUCAGAAGUUCAGUGUUGCCGCCGCUGCAGCAGCCUCCAUCCUAGCAGUCUUGCCGCUGAUUUUUCUACUGCAUUGUUACCGGUUACAAAAUUGACAGGAACUUGAAAGACUGUUGCAGUUGCAAAAAGCAUGGCCAAGCAUCAUCCCGAUUUGAUUAUGUGCAGAAAGCAGCCAGGAAUCGCCAUUGGCCGACUUUGUGAGAAGUGCGACGGGAAGUGUGUAAUAUGUGAUUCUUAUGUCCGUCCCUGUACGCUUGUUCGGGUUUGUGAUGAAUGCAAUUACGGGUCUUUCCAAGGGCGGUGUGUGAUCUGUGGAGGAGUAGGAAUUUCAGAUGCCUACUACUGCAAAGAGUGUACACAGCAGGAGAAAGAUAGAGAUGGAUGUCCAAAGAUUGUUAACUUAGGCAGUGCAAAAACAGACUUGUUCUAUGAACGUAAGAAAUAUGGGUUCAAGAAACGGUGAAGUAAAAGCACAAAUCAGUUAUCUUCCUCGGAUGGAUCUUUCUGUAAUAUGAUGGAUUUCUGAUUUCUAAUCUCAAACUCUCUUAAGACAUGUAUGUAUAUGCUGACGAGUCAGAAUGAGAACAGUAAUUGGGGCCGAGGCCAUUCGUGAGAAUUGGGAACUCGAUUGAUUGUGUAUGUUUUUUAGUACAACAAGAGGUAAGGAUUAAACCAUCGACUUUUAGAAUGAUAAUUAAUGCUUGGAUUGGUGAUUGUAUUGAAUUGAUAUUGGUUGGUAGGAACCCGGCUCAACCAAACUAAUGGAGGGGAUCCAUCGAGUUGAGGUA